UGAAACGUCAACUGUGUCAUUCAGGAAGAUAAUUUUCUGUGCUAGCUCCGGUGGGAAAGGUUGGAGCAAAUUUUCAAAAUUUUCCCCUGAAGCGCUUUUAAUUGGCCUCGCAGAUCCAAACCACACAACCAACCACAGCUAUGGCCAGCUUGAAGCGGCCUAUUUCCAGGAGUUCGAUCUCGUCGGUUGCUCGCCAGCCCAGUUUGGACGAUAUAAACCUGGAUCAGUUCCUGAAAAUCUCCAACUACGAGGACACCGUCAAGCAGCUGGAUAUCUACUACGGAAUUGUGAAGAGACAACUGCUGCAAUUUCAAAGUCCAAUUUCCGGACUGUUUCCAGUGCUUAGCACUGACCGCGAAGUGGGCAGCAUUCGUGAUAGUGUUUACUGUGCGGCAUCAAUUUGGAGCCUCUAUCAAGCAUACCGGCGUAUUGAUGAUGAUCGUGGAAAAUCCUACGAGUUGGGUCAAUCGGCAGUGAAGUGCAUGCGCGGUGUUCUGGAGUGUUGGAUCAAGCAAGCGCAUCGGGUGGAAAAGUUCAAAUCUCGCCAAUGCGCGGUUAAUGCGCUGCACUGCAAAUUUCACCUGCACACAGGAGAGGAGAUCUAUUCCGAUGAUAAGUACAACCAUUUGCAGAUCGAUGUCGUUUCGAUCUAUCUGAUAUUUCUGGUACAGAUGAUAUCCUCGGGACUGCAGAUCAUCUACACCCAGGAUGAGGUAGCAUUCGUGCAAAAUCUGGUGUACUACGUUGAGCGAGCUUAUCGUACGCCGGAUUAUGGUAUGUGGGAGCGGGGCUCGAAAUAUAAUGAUGGAACGCCGGAAAUACAUGCCUCCUCGAUUGGUAUGGCCAAAUCGGCACUGGAAGCUAUCAAUGGUUGCAAUUUGUUCGGUGAGAAGGGAGCUUCCUGGAGUGUCGUCUACGUCGAUAUCGAUGCGCACAACCGCAAUCGCAGCAUUUUUGAAACCAUGCUACCUCGCGAAUCAAGCUCGAAGGGAGUUGAUGCUUCGCUGAUACCUACGCUGUCUUUUCCGGCGUUCGCUUCCCACGAAGAACGGCUAGUUGAUUUGACUAAAAACAACGUGGUGAUGCGGUUAAAGGGAAAGAAGGGCUUCAAACGGUUUAGCCGCGACGGUUAUUUGUCCCGGUUGGAGGACAAAACGAGAAGAUAUUACCAUAAGGGGGAAAUCAAAGAUUUCGAUGGAUACGAGUGCGAGUGGCCGAUGUUUUACACGUACAUGAUCAUCGAUGGUGUGUUCAAGAACAACUUGGAGCAAAUCGAGGAGUAUCAGAUGGAGUUAAGAAAAUGCAUGCACUCGGAUCAGAAUGGAGAUCCUGUUGUUUCGAUGUGUUACGCCCCGGACGGCGGUGGCAUGUAUACUCGUGCUUCGUCGCAAGCAUUAUUCCUAUGGGGCCAAUCGGUUUUCAUAAUUGCACAACUGCUAACAGCUGGUUUACUGCACAUCAACGAAUUGGAUCCAAUCCGUCGGUAUCUGCCGUCCUACAAUCGACCCCGCAAGGGUGGCCGCUACUCUGCUUUUCAGGCUAAGCCGGGAAUUCGUACGAAAAUAGGAAGUGCAUUGGCAGUGAUGCACCGUCCACUGGCCCUGUCGAAAGUGGUCGAAGUCGAGCCGGUAACAGACGAUAGCAAGGAUACGGACAUCGAGCAGGAUCAGCAGUCUGUGACGUCCGAAACGCUGGAGAAACGCGGCACGGCCACCGAUCUAGUGGUGCAGAUCGUGCUGAUCACGGAGUCGAUGCGUCUGCAGGCUAUGAUGGCCACCUAUGGUAUUCAAACACAAACCCCUCAUGAGGUUGAACCGGUACAAAUUUGGUCUUCAACGCAACUGAUCCACGUCUACCAGCAGCUAGGUGUUAACGACAAAAUUGGCCUCACCGGACGGCCUCCCCGUCCAGUUGGUUCCUUGGGUACCAGUAAGGUGUACCGAAUCUGCGGUAUGACGGUGCUGUGCUAUCCGUUAAUUUUCGAAGUGUCCGAUUUCUACCUGUACCGCGAUAUGGCCUUGCUGAUCGACGACAUCAAAACGGAGCUGCAAUUUGUGGGCAAAUAUUGGCGCUUGUCCGGCCGACCCACCGUGUGCUUGCUCAUCCGUGAGGAGCAUAUGCGCGAUCCGCAGUUCAAGGAAAUGAUCGAUCUGCUGGCGAUGCUGAAAAAGGGCUACUGCGACGGAAUGAAAGUGCGCAUCGGUCGAUUGCAGAAUUUGAUUUCCAGCUCCUGUAUCGAACAUUUGGAUUUCAUGUCGCUAUCGAAUUUACCCGAUUCUAGCGAAUCAGCAUUCUCCCAGGUUUAUCACGAUAACAUCGGCUAUCAAAGUUUAACUGAUGUACCAAGAGCGCAAUCCUAUCGGGAGAAAAAAAUCAGCGCCGCUGAAUAUCAGAUAAAAUCAACGCCUGACAUAAUUGAUGGGUUGCGAAACACGGAAUCGAUAUUUCUGCAGUGCCAGUUGCUGGGUAUUCUACUUCACCGCGAAGGCGCAAACUACGAAAUAUCCGGCGAGUCAGUUCACACCAGAUUGACCGAGUUGUACUACAGAGCUGGUUCCCUGCGCUACUGGCGUGCCGUGCGCUACUGCAGCUCUCUACUGCGGCACAUUGUUGAUUCAAUUUCGCCCUUCAUCACAACGGUGCUAGUCAACGGUAAGCAAAUUACGGUUGGAGUGAUCGGCCAGCGGGAAACCGUUUUCGAUAAACCGAUGACGCCUUCGGAAAUCCAGAAUGUUAUGUAUUCUACCGUGCAGCCGUACGAUGUUAUCCAUGCUGUACUGCAGCAAGAAGUGGUGCUCUACAUUGGCCGACUGAUUGCCACGAAUCCCGAUAUUUUUAAAGGUAUUCUCAAGAUCCGUGUCGGUUGGGUGCUGGAAGCUAUGCGACUCUACCUGAACAUGACGGGUGACGAAGGUGCUGACAUCGAGAAUCUUUCACCGUAUCACAUACGCAAACUGCUGCAAAGGGUGCUUUCUGUGAGCGAAUAUAAAACUGAAGACUCCUUCAGUGCUCUACAACGACGCCAGCUCGAGGGGUGCCUGUUCCGUGUGCCACCAACCUUCUACAAUCACGUGUGGGAUGUGCUGGAACGCACUCCACUGGGCAUCACGGUGCAGGGUCACAACCUGCCGGCAGCUACCACCCUAUCCAACAAAAGUCGCAGCGAAUUUUCCUUCGCUUUGCAGGUGGAAGAAAUGUUGAACAAAAUUAAUCAACCCGAGCGGCGCCAGAUUGCGGUUGAGUUGCUCUGCAUCGUGGCCACAAUUCUGCGCCGUAAUCCGGAGCUGCGAUUCAAUCAGAUUCUAGAUUUAGAUUUUCUGUUGGAGGAUUCCUUCAACAUGUACUGCAAAGAUCACGGCUUACCGGCAACGAAAGAUAUUUCUCCGCUUUUCUCUCUUUCACAAACGCAAACCACCGGUUAUUUGGCACGAGCGGCGGUCAAUAGUGUGCUCCAGCGGUGUGCGCUCAGCUCUGAAGAUUUCGCCGAAGACGUCGAAGAUCACUGCCGGGUGCAGUAGAACUUUUCAUUCUGUGUUGUUGCGCAACGUUUUCUUCUUUUGUUUGGUAUUAGCCUCAUAUUCGCUGCUUAUUAUUUUUACCUAUUUUAUAACUCGCAGAUUGAGUUUAAAAUGUUUCGAUUGAUCUAAAAUCCAAAGUUUUGAAUGCUGAUUCGGCCAUCUCAACAAAUUUUAAUGAGCUUCUAAAGCAAUAUGUUAAGCGAAGUUUAUAUUUUAUUGAUAGACGUAACUAAUCAUGCAGAGUUUGUUACUAGCAUUGUUAAAUGUAUGAACAAAUUAUUUUGUU